AUGGCAUCCUCAGUACCGAAUAUACCAUCAUAUAAACGCCAGAGAGUUCGAAAGGCUUGCGUGCCCUGUAGGGAACGUAAAAGGAAGUGCAACGGCAAAUCACCGUGUGAGAUGUGCAUCUCCUAUGGAUAUGUGUGCCAUUACAUGGAUAAAGAUAGAUCUUCAUCAUCAUCAUUUCCUGUGCAGAAACUGGAUGAAUUGCCUCAUGCACCAGAGAGUAAACCUUUUGCUGCCUCAAACAUUCAUGGAAAUGAAGUAUCUAGUGUCGAUACACAGACGGUUACUAACCAAAGUAUUACAGAUCCAGUUAAGUCUAGGUAUACGAUUCAGCAUUCAGCGGUUGCUUUUCCCCGUUGCCUUGGUCUGGAACUCCGAUCAGCUAAUCCUCCACGUUUACAUUCCUUCGCUUGGCACUGUGGGAUCAGGCCAGAAGAAAACCCAAGCUCCCAUGUACUACUGUCUGAGCUGAUCACAAAGGAAGAGUACUACCGUGUUUCUAAAGUGUAUUUUUCAGUUGUUCAUCCGAUAUUCGAUGUUGUUGAUCCGAAGCAGCUGGCUAAGAACGUUGAAGAAUAUUGGGCCGGCAACAUAAGCAACUUUGAGUAUGGUGCUGUUAUUGCAGGAGUAGUAGCUCUAGGAUCUUUUUUUUUAGGAAGCAUUGGUCAUCCUCGAGAAAUGGAUGUAGUACAGUACGCAAAAGGCAUCCUUGAUGAUCCUACUUUCAGCCGUAUUCCCACGGUGGAGCAUGUCUCCGCGUGGGUUUUGCGUACCAUUUACCUGCGAGCUACUUCCCGACCUCAUGUAGCAUGGUUAGCUAGCUGUGUUACUAUUCACCUUUCUGAAGCAAUUGGUCUGCACCAGGAUAUUGACAAAGGAGAGUUCUCGAUGACAAGUGGUGUUACUUUGAGAAGAACUGCCGGGUUUAAUGAGCAUACUAAAAGAUUAUUUUGGUGUGCGUGGUCAAUCAACACCAUUCUUUCGUAUGACUAUGGCCGCUCAAGUGUUGCACUGAACAGAAUUACUUGCAAGCCAGUCGAGGAAACAGAAGGCAGUUACACAAUUCAUUUAGUAGCGUUGGCACAAACAAUCCCUCAAGGUACUGUGAACACAGAUUUAACACAGCUACUGAAUGCUCUUACGGCUAUUCACAAAUCACCAAAUGCACACCCCUUCUUAUUAUUGACCAAGUGUGACAUAUGUCUGUCUUUGUAUCGGAGACUUCGUCUACUAAACCAUGUUCUUGAUAAAAGCGUUGUUUUGCAAAUAAUUGAUAUUGGAAACGCAGCAUUAUCAGCGGCAUAUGCUCUUGUCAAAUUAGGUCAAUCAUGGUGGAAUGUGUUGAGCACCUCGUUCCAGUAUGUCUGCGUUCUUCUUGCCAUAGAUACCCCAGAAAGUCUUUCACAUGUUGCCGCCGCUAUGAAGACUCUGGAUAAUAUUACUGAAGUUUUAGGUACACACAUUGCUUUGGAAGCUCAGAAGACUGCAAAGCUACUUCUCGAAGACUCAAUGAAAAAAAAGAGGCAAGAGAUACAGCAACUUGAGCAGGCGACCCACGAUAGAUCUACUUUCGAAAACACAAACUCGCUCGAUAUUGAUUGGGAUGCCCUAUUUGAUCCAUCAGGGACGUUAGGUUUUAUGUAG